AUGUUGAGUACAAAAAAUCAAAUUCAUAGAAAAAAUGCUUCAAAUACCAAAAGCAAUGAAACACAAAAGAAAAAUUGUAACUAAUAUUAAUAAAGAUAAUCUAAUAUACAGAUUGUACAAUAAUUAUCAUGUUUAUAAAUACUAAAAAAAUUAGUAUCAGGAACAUCUAAAUCAUAAAAUAAGAAUAAUUCAAAGACAAGAAUACGUACAGAAGGAAAUGAAAAGUAAUUUAAAGUUCGUGCUUCGGCAUCUCCAAAAAAAGAUAAAGAGAAAGAAUAAUCAGCAUCUCCUCCUUAAAGAAACGUAAAUUCUUAAGUAGAUGUAAUCACAAACUUAUUAAAUUCAAAUAUGAUUAAUAAUGAAUAUAAACGAAUAUCAAGAGAAUAAAGAAAUCAAAGCGCGGACUUUCAAUAAUUAUUAGCAUAUUAACAAUAAAGAUAAGAAAAUUUGUAAUGGAAAAAUAAUGGUAAAAAGAAAUUUAAUUCUUAUGGCAAUUUAAAUGAUUAAGUUUAUUUUUCUUAAAGAGGAGGAUUAACAGAAUGUUAAUCCACAGUUUAACUAGUUUAGAAUAAUGCUGAGUAAAAAUUAAUGAAUUAAAAAGGCUCUUACUCAAUGAAACACUUUCCAUCUCCAAUAAAUAUAUGUACAUAAUAAAUUAGUUUAUAAGAAUUUAAGGAAAAAUUAAGUAAUUUAAGUAAAGAUAUAAAAUAAAAUAAAUAACAAGUUGAAGAAUAAUUAUAAAAAACAUAAAAGAAAUAACAACAUAUAUAUGAUCAAUAUGAUCAUGAAGAAAGUGAAAAAUAAUUCAAAUAAGAAGUUUCUUAGAGAAGUAAAUCAGUAGAUUCCUCAUCAUCUAGAACUUAAUUAGAGAAUUCAAAAUAUUAAUAGGAAUUUUUAAAUUAGUAUAAGAAUAAAAAUCAAUAAAAUGGUAAUGAGAAAAAAUUUAUUUUAAACACUUAAAGUUAUAUAAUUUAAUAGAAAUUGGAGAGUAAAAUCGAUCAAUUAGUCUUUUAAGUGUAAAUAUUAAAGAAAAAAUCAGAGGAGUUAGAAUUACAAAAUAGAUUUCUAUUUGAUAAUUUAACAAAAUUUUAGAAAGAUUCAGAUUGUAGUGCUGAAGUAUAAAAUUAAAUUAAUAUAAAUAGGAAAGAAGUUUACUUAUGAAUAAAUUAGAUUAGAUGAUUGGAAUGUAGAAAAGAUAAGAGGAGAAUUUAAAUUUUUUUAAAUAGAUAUUUGCCAAAGGGUAUGAUUAAUCUCGAAGAAUUAAAACUGAAUAAUAAUAAUAAUAAAAAGAAGAAGAUAAUUUUAAAUUAAAUUAAAGGACGGAAAUAUUAUCAAAAUAAAGACCCUUUGUCAAAUCAGCUUAUCAAGGGCUCGAUUUUAAUGUCUGA